AACGUACUUCCUUAAAAUCGCUUUUUAACUUUUUACUUUUGUUGUAGAUUAGAUAGAGGAAUAGGUCUAUAAUCUAGAUAUAUCUAGAUUUCUAGUCAAAAUUUGUACUAAAUCCAUUGUGGAGACAAAAAUCACUGUACCUCUAAAUUGGUUUCAUUAUCAAUAAAUUAAAUAUGACUGAACAACAAAAGCGAUCGGUGCUUUUUGUAUGCUUAGGUAAUAUAUGUCGCUCCACAAUGGCAGAAGGAAUAUUGCAUCAUUUAGUUAAACAGAGAGGCAUCGCAGACAAUUGGAUCAUAGACAGUGCAGGGACAGGCAGCUGGCAUGUUGGCUGCCCACCAGAUGAUAGAACCAUGACAGUUUUAAAAAAGAAUGGCGUCAGAGAUUAUCACCAUUUGGGAAGACUGAUCACAGAAGAAGAUUUUACAUCCUUUGAAUUUAUUUUUGGAAUGGACCAUUCGAAUAUAGCUGACAUUUCUGACUUAGCUCCAGAGGAGAGUACGGCUAAAAUUGCACUACUAGGUGAAUAUGAUCCACAGAAAGAACUGAUUAUAGAAGACCCAUACUUUGCUUAUAGAAACAACAAGAAUGCAUUUAAUGAAGUCUAUGAGCAAUGUCUACGCUGCUGCACUGCAUUUCUAGACUCUGUCUCCUGAGCAUGAGAGAUGAUGAAGUCAUCGUUGGACUAGAAGCUCUAUCUCUUGUAUUGAAAGAUAAUCUCGCUAUGUAGAACUAAAUGGUUCUAACUUGGUUUGUGUAACUCUGAUUGGACUUUCAAUUUGUUCAUGACUUUAAAUUGUGUGCUUAACAGUUGAUGUGUUUUAUGUAUGAGUGUUAUUUGAUUUGAUGUGAAAAUAAGUGUAAUAUCUGUGAAAAUAAGUGUAAUAUCUCUGUGGAUGAAAUAGUUAACUGCCAGUUAUAAUGUGCCUAUCACCAUUCACAUGUUGGGUAUUAAAAUAUUUAUUUUAAAACACAAACUA